AUUCACAUCCAGCAAAUCAAGAAGUCUCUUCUGAAUUUUCUUUGUUUGAUGAAAAUCCAUGGGGGGUUGGCAUGUUUGAUAACAUGAGCAUUGAAGAGGUUGUACCGGAUCCUGUUCAUUGUGAAGGACAGUCAGCUCAUGUGGGUAGCGCAAGUUCGGACAAGGCACAUACAGAAGGUCCUGUUCAUGAAACACCUGAAAAGAAUGCUCAAAAUGAACAAGAAAUUCUGUCAAAAGAUGAUAUUGAGAAUUUUCUUGAAAGUGAAAGAAUGGAGAAAGAAACAGAAUGUACUGGUGAAACAAGUAUAGAAGAAGGUUUGAAACCUUCAAUAGGGAUGAAAUUCAGCAGCAAGGAAGAAGGACAGAAAUUCUUCAACUUCUACAGCAGUGUUGUUGGUUUCUCGGUGGCUGUUGUCAAUUCCUACAGAACAACAAGCAAGAAAAGGAACAAUGAAGUAACAAAAGUUGUUAUGAAAUGCAACAAGCAUGGCAAUACAGGAGAAAGUUGAGAGAGAGCAGUUGGUGCCUCAAAGGAAAAGCACAGUUAUAACAAAAUCAGGUUGCUAAGUUGAAAUGAGGAUUACAGAGAAGAAUAAAGUUUGGGAAAUUACCAGGUUAAUUCUUGAGCACAAUCAUGACCUCUCUCCGAAAAGCCGGUUCUUCAGAUCUCACAAGUACAUGUCACCGGAAGAAAAAGAUUUGAUCAGGGCCUUGAAGUAGACAAACACGCCUACAGGCAAGAUUGUUGAUAUCUUGGCAUAUAUAAGGGGUGGAAUUCAGUGCCUGCCAUACACAAAGAAGAUGGUGAGCAACUAUGGGACAGAAAUAAACAAGGAGUUGCAGAACACAGACAUGAUGGAGGUUGUCAAAAUGUUCAACAAGAAACAAGCAGAGUGUCCUGGUUUUUAUUAUUCAUUUGAGUUGGACAGUGAGAACAAAGUAAGAAGCAUGUUUUGGUCAGACCAGAAAUCAAGGUUAUACUAUGAGCAAUGUGUGUCUGCCUCAGUUUUGACACAACUUUUCUUACAAACAAGUACAAUC